GGCUCCACAGGCGGUACCAGAGCAUGUGUGUGGCCCGGGCUGAGAGCUUCAAACCCCGGGGGAGGGGCACUCUGGGUCCGGAACCAGGCUUUCUGUGUGAGGACCCACUGGUUCAUAACGCGCUGUUCACAGGAGACAACCAGAGGGUGCGGCAACUAUUCAGCAACAAGUGGCCUCAGAAUCUGAUGCUGCUGGCCUCAGGACAUGACCUGGAGUGGCACUCCAAGAAACCGGAAGGGCCAGCCUGGGAGUUAUGGCAGGCCCUGUUGUUGGGUGAUGAGGAGACCCUGGUCCUUCUGAUCUCUGACCCUGAUCAAAGCAAUCUUCACCCCAAUGUGAUCUUUGACACCAGCGACGUGGAGCAGUGGAAGAAUUACAGAUACAACCUCCGAGCUCUGAGGAUCUGGUCGUUGUGUUACAAGCAAGAGUUUAUUACCCCCUUACAGAUUACAGCCAGCCGGGGCUAUGACAAGUGCCUCCAGCACCUGCUGACCUCUGGGGCAGAUGUAGACUUUGCCCCGGGAGGAAAGACAGCUCUCCAUGAGUCCUGUGAGAAUUCCCAGAGUGAGUGUACCCGCCUUCUGCUCACAUACGGAGCAAACCCCAACUCCAUCUCUGAGGAUGGCUACACCCCGCUCCACCUCUGCUCCGCCCCAGAAUCCCUCCGGUGUGCGGAGCUGUUGCUGAGGUUUGGGUGUAACGUGAACAGUCGCACAGAGGACAAGGGGGACACAGCCCUGCACAUUGCAGCCAGGUUCGCUUUGGAGAGUCAUGUCCAGCUGUACCUUGAUCACGGAGCGUCUGUGAACAGGCUGAAUGAGAGUGGGCAGAGCCCACUGCACUGUGUAUGUGCCCAGUCCCACAGCAGCCAGGAUGCUGACAGGUAUUUCCGAGUCUGUCACUAUCUGAUUGAACAUGGGGCCAGUGUGGAGGCCCUGGAUGAAGAGAAGCAAUCCGCCCUGCACUUGGCCUGUCGCACAGUCAACUACAGGAUGGUGGAUCUGCUCCUGAGCAAAGGAAUCGAUGUUAACCGCAUGGACUACGGGGGAAACGCCCCAAUGCACAAAGCCCUGCAGGCUGUCGCUUACAAGUUAGAACAUGAACCUGAACGCACCGUCCGAUCCCUCUUAAACUAUGGAUCCAUCCGCAUCUGGCCAGGUGCUAUUCCAAAGGUGCUGAGGUUCUGCUGCCAGUCUCCGCGAACGAUCGAAGUUCUCGUGAAUGUUUACGAUCGGCUGAAGGUGACGGAUGAUUGGGUGGAGUCUGUGCCGUUAAAGGUGCUUCAGGAGCACCAGGAUUUCUAUGAGUCCCUGUUUGCACUUUCCCAGACCCCACGUUCACUGCAGCACCUGGCCCGCUGUGCCAUUCGCAGACACUUCGAAGGGCAUUGCCAAGAACGAAUCCCUCAACUCCCACUGCCAACCUUCCUGAAGGACUACCUGUUGCUGCAGUUUCAGGGUUAUAUCAGUUAGUGCGCUCAAACAAGGCACUGCAAUUCCCCAUCGACAAUCACCAGGCUCCAGUGAAAACAACACGAUCAGCCCGACAACACAGACAAUCAGAGCUGACCCCUCCACUCCACCAACUUCUCGAUUCUAAAUAAUAAAUGAUAAACAUCCCCUCCCUCCACCACCGAUGCUCAUAACAGCAGUGUGUACUAUCUACAAGAUGGACUGUGAAAACUCACCAAAGAUCCUCAGACAGCACCUUCCAAACCCACAACCAUUUCCAUUGAGAAGGACAAGGGCAGCAGAUACAUGGGAACCCCACCCCCUGCAGGUUCCCCUCCGAGCCCCUCACCAUCCUAACUCGGAAAUAUGCCACAAUCUAAAGGUAUUGUGGGUCUACCUACAGCACACGGACUGCCGCGGGUCAGGGAGGCAGCUCACCCCCACCUUCUCAAGGGGCAACUAGGGAUGGCCAGUACAUGUCAACCCAGCCAGCGACCCCACAUCCCAGGAAUGAACUCAAAAUGUGACUGGAAAAGGAAAAUGGGUAAAUAUAACCUGAGCAGUGAAUUCAUGCAAUGUUUUCAGGAUAGACUUUCUGCUUGUUCUGGUGCUGCCCAGAGGACAGGCUGUACCAGAUCUCGAGAAACUUUAUCAUCUUAAAGUGAAGGAGCCUCGAGAUCGCAGCGAUUAUAACAGUUUUGAAUUUUCUUUUCAGUUUGAGAGAGAGUGGCUUGGAUGUUUUCUUAAACAUAAAUGAGGGGAUUUAUGAGGAUAUAGAAGCAGAGCUGACAAAUUGGAAAAUUCAAUUAAAGGAUAAAUCAUUGGAAAUCAUAGAAUACAGGAGGAGGUUAUUUGGCUGAUCAUGUCUGUACCAAUUCCUGAAAGAGCUACCCAGCUAGUCCCAUGAUCCAGCUCUAUCUCCAUAUCCCGCUAACUUCAUCCCGUCCAAAUAUAUGGAGAAAGUGAGGACUGCAGAUGUUGGAGAUCAGAAUCGAGAGUGUGUGGUGCUGGAAAAGCACAGCAGGUCAGGCAGCAGAAUCAACAUUUCGGACAGGACUUCCUGAUGAAGGGCUCCUGCCUGAAAUAUCAAUGUUCCUGCUCCUCGGAUGCUGCCUGACCAGCCGUGCUCCUUCCACAUAUAUACCCAGCUCUCUUUGAACACGGAAUCAGCCUCCCCCACUCUCCCAGGCAGCACAUCCCAAAUCCUAACAACUCUCUGGGUAAAGAAGUUUCACCUCAUCUCACUCCGAGCUCUCAUUCUGAUAGUCUUGACGUUGUGGCCCCCAGUUACUGACAUACCGAGUAAUGGAAACAAAAUACCCUCCUUUACCUUGUCAAAAUUGUUCAUAAUUUUAAAC